AUGAGCUCCUCCAAGUCAUCGGCUGCUGGUGGAGUUUCGCUCAACUCACCAAAGGAGUCGACGGUCAUGUCAAUGGAUUCAGCUGACCCACGGGGACAGACUCCCUCCACCGACAACUCGUACCGUUCAGCUCCAAUCAGGGGACCUGCAAACACUGUCGGUCGAGAGGAGCCAGGCGAUGAGCCAAGCACCGUGGACCUUGUCAAUGAGGUGCGCGGCGUGUGCACGAAUGCGCAGGAGAACUUGCGCAUGCUGAACCAGGCCGUUCACUGCCAGCCUGGAAUACCUGGGAGAACCGCCGAUAUGAUUGGCAAUGACCUCUUGGCCGUGGGACACCAGUUCAUUACAAUCGGUUCCGUUUGUAAUGCGUUGGAGAAGAGGCUCGACGAAGACAAGCGGGACCAUCACCGAACAGUGAUGGCUGAGAAAGCCGCACAUGAGGCUUACCAUACAGGCCUUCAUGGACAGCUCACAAAGGCCAACAUCACGAUCGACGAGCACAAGGAUCGAGUGCGGCAUUUGGAGCAGCAGGUCGCCAAGCUCGAGAAGAACCCAAAGGCCGACGUAGAGGCCAAGGUGCAAAAGCUCAACGAGAAGGUGGUCAAUCAGAAGCGCCGAAUCAACGAGCAGCAGGCGCAGAUCGAGAGCCUGAAGCGGAAGCUGAGAGGCGAAAGCAAGUCCGACAAGUUCGCCAUGAUCGACAGGAAUGACACCGACAGCCCUUCUUCGCUGGGAUUACCUCACUCGGUCACUUCUGAACUUCCGCCGAGGAAGCACAGGAGUCCCCCCGUCCCCCAGCCGAAGAUGAGGUCGGCCAUCAAUGAGAACGACGAGAUCCUUCUCAACAAGCUGAGAAGCAGCGUUGACGGCAGCCACGGUUUCCCUCCACCUAAUGGACUCGCCCGAAUGGACAGGGACAGUUACUUCCAUGGCGGACAUGCUCUGGGGGGCCCCUCGCUCGGUGACUUUGGCAAGCACCAUUCGAGUGCGGUUGGUCCCAAGAACCCCCUUGGUGGCCCUCCAGGCUACUACGGUCCCUUCCCUCCUGCGCCUUCGUACCCUGCUCCGUCCUAUGGUCAUCACACUGGUGGCUCUACCCACGGCCCACCCGUGUCACACCACACAUAUGGCAUGUCGAGCAUGCAGCCUCCUGCUGUUUCUCUGUCCAACCCCCGAGCCGGCUUCUCAGGCUACGUCCCUCACACACGUCCUAGCCACGCCUUGGUCGUUCGAAAAGACGACGAUCCUACCGACGCCACCUGGAGAGGCUUGUUCCAGAAAUUGUUCGACGCUGUCAAGGGCUGGACAGACGAGGCGGACGAGAACAUCGACCCUGCUAUUGUUGACCGCGUCACCAAGGUCAACGACAGGCUUUGGCAAUACAUUCGGAGUCUUGCCUCGUGCUACAAGGACCCUCAGAGCACGUCUGAUCAUGCUCUCUUCCUGCUGAAGUCCAAGGAUCACCGGGCGAAGUUCAUCACUCGCUUGAUCCUCCAGUACAUUGAGCAGGAGAUACUUCGUCCCAAGUUUUGGAUGGGUUGGGACCGCGAACAGGACGAGAUCCUGAAGUCAUCCGUCCUCCCCGUGCUGGACAGUGCAGCCUCCCUCGGCAGGCGCCGCACCGCACGUGAGCAACUGAAGAGUGUGGUUGACUCGAUUGUCAAGGACCCGCAGUACAAGACGAAGAAGCAUGCUGCCAGGAUGUUCCACGCCGAAGCCCUCAGGGAGAUCGCAGGAUCUUUCUACCCGAGCAAGACCCAGAAGGAGGAUACCAUCGUCGGCCUGUACAGCAUCGUCAACAUCGCGGUAGAGGCGAGCGCCCAGAUGAUGCAGAGCCGUCUGUCCUUCUCAUUCAUCUGGAAUGAGUGCGGUGUCAAGUUCAGCCACGAAUCGCACGUGGCCAUCAACGAUCACCUCAAUGGCUACGCGGUGCAGUAUAACAAGCACAUGCGUGUCGCCAUCGUCGUCACUCCCGGUGUCAGCUAUCUCGACGACACUGGGCCCAGCAUCGUGCCCCACAGCCUCUUCAAGGCGAACGUCAUGGUCAUGCAGUAAACGAAACCAUCUGCCUGGCAGUAAUGCAUGACGAAUUCGACGCAUGUGUCCUCGGGAGAAUCUGACAAUGACUUGUGGUCUCUUUACGGCCUCGAGACGGUUCUU